GCAGGGGACCGCAGGCAGCGUCGUUGGAGAAAGAUGCCGGGUCCUAGACCGUCCUUCACGUGCCUGGGAUGGGAUGGGAGGCGGGGGCGGGGGCACGUGUGUCCUGCAAUCAGAGGCUCCCCCUCCCUCAGCCACCCCCACCCCGCGCCCGCCCCGAGGUCACGUGACCCUCCCCAAGUCACCGCCGCCACCGCUGCGGGAGAGCGGAGAAGAGCUGAGCGCGGCAGAGGCGAGAGGAGCGGCCCGGGCCGGGGCUCCCUCGGCGGCUGGGGAAGGGGCAGGGUCACGGGCAGGGUCACGGUCACGGUCAGGGGCAGCGUCGGUGCCGCAGAGUCCCAGCUGCAGUCGCUGCGGCCGCGGGGCGCCGGGAGAGCAGAGCAGAGCAGCGCAUCCCGGGUGCCCAAGGGGCGGGGACCGCGGUGGGCAGGGAUGCGGCGUCGCCGCCGGGACCCCUGAGCGCCCGGGACCCUCGGCCAGCGCCGGGCCAGAGGUGGCUGCAGCAGAGCCCAGGAGCCCGGAGCGGAGCGGGAGUGCAGCCAGCAUGUGGAAAGGCCAGCCCCAGGCAGAAGAGGGGGGGCAGCCAUCCCCUGUGACCAGCUCAUGGAAAAGCUCAUCCCCCUGCAAAGGAAGGAGGGAGACUCAGCUGUUGGAGCCUCCCUGCGGAGAGGGGGGCCGAGGAGAGGAGGCCCACCCAGCCAACCCCCUGGACGUUUCCCGCCUGCGCAGCUCAUCUGUGGAGAUUCGGGAAAAGGGCUCUGAGUUCCUAAAGGAAGAGUUACGGAAGGCUCAGAAGGAACUGAAGCUGAAGGAUGAAGAGUGUGAAAGAUUGUCCAAGGUCCGGGAGCAGCUGGAGCAGGAGCUGGAGGAGCUGACAGCUAGCCUGUUUGAGGAGGCACACAAGAUGGUGAGAGAAGCCAACACAAAGCAAGCGGCAUCAGAGAAGCAGCUGAUGGAGGCACGAGGGAAGAUCGACAUGCUACAAGCUGAGGUGACGGCGCUGAAGGCCCUGGUGAUCACUUCUACCCCAUCUUCGCCCAAUCGCGAGUUACACCCCCAGCUCCUGAGCCCAUCCAAGGCCGUCUUCCGGAAGGGACACGCUCGCAACAAGAGCACCAGCAGCACUCUCUGCCCGGCUGUUUGCCCGGCCACCGGCCACAGCAUCUCCUUUGAGCCCAUUGGCCACGAGUGCAAAGAGCCUGAGGUGCCCACCCUCCUCUCCUUACUCCUAUGCAUCGUCCCUGGGAAGGCCAUCCACAUCACUUACGAGCCAGGCUGGCAGACCCUGGCCUCGGAAUCUCCUUCCUUCUCUUCCUCUUCCUCUUCCUCUUCCUCCUCCUCUUCUUGGCAGCCCAGUGCAUUGGGGACAUUCUCUCUGGUCACCUCUGUACAUACGAGGCACUGGGAGGUAGACACUGUCCUGUUUGCUGAGUUCCAGGCCUGGAAGGAGGCCCCCACUCUGGAUAAGAGCUGUCCCUUCCUGGAGAGGAUUUACAGGGAGGAUGUGGGCCCUUGCUUGGACUUCACCAAACAAGAGCUUUCAGAGCUGGUUCGGGUGGCUGUGGAGGAAAACACCCUGACCAUUGAGCCUGUGGCCUCCCAGGCCCUCCCUGUGGUGAAGGUGUCUGCAAUCGAGUGUGGCGGACCCAAUGGCUUCCGGGCCCAGAUCAUGACGAAGUGCGCGCUCAGUGGUUUGUCUCGGACUUGCCGACACCGCAUCAGGCUGGGCGAUUCUGAGAAUUAUUACUACAUCUCUCCAUCCUGCAGGGCUAGGAUCACAGCAGUCUGUAACUUCUUCACCUACAUUCGCUACAUCCAGCAGGGCCUGGUGCGGCAGGACGUGGAACUGAUCUUCUGGGAGAUCAUGAGGCUCCGGAAGGAGAUGUCCCUGGCCAAGCUGGGCUUCUAUCCGAAUGAGGCUUAGCGCCAAGGCCGGGGUCAGCGCUCCAGGGAGACAGAUAGACAUGCAGUUGUGGGAGAGGGCCGCUGGGCUGGGGACUGCUCUGAUUGAGGCAGAAGGACAUGAUGGAGGGGUCUCCGUCCUCGGAAGGUUUUACCACGGGGGGCUGCUACCAGCAAGGAGACCCUGGGGAAAACCCUGCAGGGGGAGGAGGGGUGCAGAGAGGAGUGGAUCCCUUCAGAAGGGAUCUUGGGCUCCAAGGCCCGGGCUCCGAGAGGAGCCACUUACUGGGCACUCUGCUGCUUCUACCAACUGUUGCAGUGAAUUUUCCAAAAGAAGAAAAAAAAAAAUCUGAUCAACAAGAACAAAGCCUGCAGGCUUCGUGGCCCGUGGGGUGAUGAUGGGGUGGAGGGCAUCUCUGGUUUUCCGGAGGGGAGGUGUCCAGCCUCAGGACCUACCUCCACCAAAGGAAAAAGUCAUAGAGGGCGCCUUGUGUUUGAGCUCAGGAAAAUAGCCGGGGCCUUUUGUCCUGCCCCCCCCCCCGACCCUACAUACAAAGCAGGACAGCAAGGCUCCUGUAAGUUGCAUAUCACUUCUGGACAGUGACCAAGACCGACUAGUAUCAUCAUUGUCUAUGGCCAGUGGGAAGCAGUGCCCCCUUGUGGUGUGCUCCUGGUUCUUUCAGCUGUGGAAGUAGUUCCCUGGUCCAGAGUCUUCCUGGUCCUUUUAACCCCAGACUCUUCUUUGUCCUUGGGGGAAAAACUUUUCCAGACAUUUCACCAGCAAGUGGGGGAGCUCAGCCUGGAAGGGAAGGAACGACUGUGGUUUUUUCCCAGGUUCACAUUGGGCACUCACCUCCCAGGCCCUCAUCCCCUUGACUGCCCCUAGCAUCUCUUAUGUCAGACUCUGGCCUGGGCAAGGGACGAGAUGUGGAAAUCUCAGGCAGCAGCCAGCCAGCCCCUGGUGUGACUGGUGGGUGGAAGGCCAUCCUCCUCUCCCCACUAGUGAUGGGGGUGGUUCUCCCUUUAAGACAGAGGGGGGUCUCAUGUGCCCUCUCCCCAUUAGUGUGUUGCUGGACCUUUCAACCUAUCACACCUUUCAUAGGGCUUUGGGUGGCAGCCCUGAUCUCAGCCAGAAAAACUUGCCAGUCGAGGGUUAAUAACCACCCUCACCCCCAAGAAAACUCUUCUCUUUUCUGGCUAUCAUGGGACAUGUCUCUAAGUUGGGAAUGCCAUCCCUGUUUCUGGGCUUCCCUGAAUGACAAUCAUUCCAAGCUGGAAAUUAUCGACAUACCAUUGGACAAGCUUAUAGGACAAAGGAGAGCCAAGCUGAGCUGUGUGUGUGUGUGUGGGGGGGUGAGUGGGGGUGAGGGGAAGGGAAGGCAGAUAUUUCCCAUAAGCUGGCUCCACUGUUUUACCUUUAAUAGGACACUUACUUUCCUUGAGAAAUUUAAAAGGGGCUUGGCCCCAUCAGGGGACUGAGUGAGAUUAAGCUGAAAGGCUUGGGGGGUAGUCUAGUGAGAGGUUUGCUGGGGGGCCAGCAAAGGUUGUCUAGUGGCCUGGAAACCCCCCCCCAACAGGAUGCCCCCAGGAUCAGAAGCACUUGCCAAGCUGCUUGACUAAAAGGAUUGGCACGGUGAACCUCCAAGCUCCAAACACCCCUCCCCAGCCAGGAGGCAGGGUGGCCACCUGUUCUGACAAUGCAAUGGGUUUCCUGUAUAAUCUCCGGCGUUAGCACCAUCUCCCAUUCCUGUAAUUCCCCACGCUCUCCCCCCCC